AUGAGCUACAUCACCCGCCGAGGUCUCUCGACCCUGAUCCCUCCCAAGAUCGCUUCCCCCAACGCGAUCGGUGCCGCCAAGGAUGCUGCCCGUAUGGACCGCGUGGUGAACUUCUACGCCAGACUCCCCCGUGGCUCCGCUCCUGAGGUCAAGCCUACCGGUCUGAUCGGCCGUUACCAGGCUCGUUACUUCGGCAAGAACCCUUCUGCCGCUCCCCUUGCUCACGCCAUCGGCGGCAUUCUCCUUCUUGGAUACAGCAUGGAGUACUACUUCCACCUCCGGCAUCUGGGUACGGUUGUCGCCGGAUUGCAGAAGAACGUGCCCAACGAGCCUUUGAUGAUGCUCAUGAACGUGUGA